GGCAGCGCAGUAGUCUAUGAGCGUGUCGAAGGGGCGGGAGCAGGUCCAGCCGAUAGCCAAUCAAACGGUGCGAUGCGGCGAGGAGGGCGCGGGUUGGCGUUUCCACGGGGAAGGCAGCGCGGCGGGGUCCGGCUGUGGCGGUAGUAUGAGCCUGUCGGUGAGGUACGUGUGGGACUCGAGUGCAGGAGCGGCUGGGGUCGGGCUGCGGGGCUGCAGUGGUGGGGCGGAAGCGCUCCUGCGGGGCUUCGCCACCGCCGUGUUUGUGUCAGCGUUAAUCUGCAUUCAGAGCUGUAAGUGGAUUCCUCUCGGCUAUCCGCGUCCCAGCUACUUGUCCGGCGCGGUCGUAUGGGGCCUUCCCGGAGCAACGGCCGUCCCGGGCACGGUGAGGAGUGAGCUUUCAGUAGACAAAGCUAAAAAGAAGAAGAGAAGAGAACUGACUGAGGAACAGAAACAAGAAAUUAAAGAUGCCUUUGAGUUGUUUGAUACAGACAAAGAUAGAGCAAUAAAUUACCAUGAAUUGAAGGUGGCAAUGAGAGCCUUGGGUUUUGAUGUCAAAAAAGCUGAUGUACUGAAAAUACUUAAAGAUUAUGAUCGAGAAGCAACAGGCAAGAUCACCUUUGAAGAUUUUAAUGAAGUUGUGACAGACUGGAUACUGGACAGAGAUCCACAAGAAGAAAUACUCAAGGCGUUCAAAUUGUUUGACGAUGAUGACUCUGGUAAAAUAAGCCUGAGAAACCUGCGUCGGGUUGCUAGAGAACUGGGUGAAAAUAUGUCUGAUGAAGAACUGCGGGCUAUGAUUGAAGAAUUUGAUAAGGACGGAGAUGGAGAAAUCAAUCAAGAGGAGUUCAUUGCUAUUAUGACUGGAGAUAUUUAAUAUCAGAAGAGAAGAAAUGAAUUUAUCACAAAAGGGAAACAUCUUUGGCAUCUGCCAUUAAAGUAUUUUGUAGUUUAUUUCUGUUGAUGGAGUCAAGUAGAAAAUUAUUUUCCUCAGAGGGCCAAAAUAAACACAAGUCUUAUGUACUGCUGCUUUGAAACUGUGUCAUUAAAUCUUAUCACUAGAAUAAGUGAUCAUGUUAGUACAAGUAAUACUACAUUUCAGAGUAUUUUAGUGCUCAUUUGUAAAAUAGCUUUGUAUAAUAUUUCUAAAUUAAAUCCUAUUAUAAGAACCUUUUGAAGUUGGCUUUAUGUUAGCACUAACUGCGGCCUUAGUUUUGAUACGUAAAGUUUGACAAGCUUCCAUUUUAAUAAAAUGUUCUUUACUAUUGCUACUGAAAA